CGUGACAACGCGGGUGCAGCCAUGCAGAGCAGUGCAGCACUGAGGGGGGGACCCCUCGCCGCCGCCAAACACAGCGGGGCGCCCCGCUGCAGGCGGGUGACGCGGGUGACCCGUGCGGUGGCCGAGGAACUCAAGACGGUGCCCUUCCAGGCCAACGCCGAUCAUCUCCAGAAGUGGAGCAAUGUCAGCUGGAGGAAUUACACGGCGCUGCAGCAGCCCUCCUACCCCGACCAGGAGGAGGUGGACAAGGCGUGCGCCGAGAUCGCCAGCUUCCCGCCGCUGGUGUUUGCGGGCGAGUGCCGCACGCUGCAGGAGCGGCUGGCCAAGUGUGCCACCGGCGACGCCUUCAUCCUGCAGGGCGGCGACUGCGCGGAGGCCUUCUCCCAGUUCAACGCCAACCGCAUCCGCGACCUGUUCCGCCUCAUCCUGCAAAUGUCGGUGGUGAUGAUGUUUGGCGGCGGCGUGCCCGUGGUCAAGCUGGGCCGCCUGGCGGGGCAGUUUGCCAAGCCGCGCAGCGCGCCCAUGGAGGACAAGGACGGGCUCAGCCUGCCCUCGUACCGCGGCGACAUCAUCAACGGGCCUGAGUUCACCGAGGCGGCGCGCGUGCCCGACCCCUGGCGCCUCGUCCGCGCCUACAACCAGUCGGCCGCCACCCUCAACCUGCUGCGCGGCUUUGCCACGGGAGGCUACGCGGGGCUGGACCGCGUGACCAAGUGGAACCUGGACUUCAUGGCGAACUCUGGUGAGGGCAAGGCCUACACCGACCUGGCUCGGCGCGUGGACGAGGCCAUCUCCUUCAUGAACGCCUGCGGCCUGGACAUGAACAGCAGCGUGAUGAAGGAGACGGAGUUCUAUGUGUCGCACGAGUGCCUGCUGAUGAACUACGAGGAGGCGCUGACGCGGGAGGACUCCACCACCGGCCUCUGGUACGGCUGCAGCGGACACUUCCUGUGGUGCGGCGAGCGCACGCGGCAGCUGGACAACGCACACGUGGAGUACCUGCGCGGCAUCGGCAACCCCAUCGGCGUGAAGGUCAGCGACAAGAUGGACCCCAGCGAGCUGGUGGCGCUCAUUGCCACGCUCAACCCCGAGAACACGCCCGGCCGCCUGGCCGUCAUUGUGCGCAUGGGCGCCAAGAAGCUGCGGGAGAAGCUGCCCACGCUGAUCGAGGCGGUGCAGCAGGCUGGCCAGGUGGUUGCCUGGGUGUGCGACCCCAUGCACGGCAACACGGAGGAGGUGCAGGGGUACAAGACGCGGCGGUACGACAACAUCAAGGCCGAGGUGGAGGCCUUCUUCGAUGUGCACGAGGAGUGCGGGUCGGUGCCGGGGGGCAUCCACCUGGAGAUGACGGGCGACAACGUGACGGAGUGCAUCGGCGGCGGCGCGUGCGUCAGCGAGCUGGACCUCAGCAGCCGCUACCACACGCACUGCGACCCGCGGCUGAAUGCGGAGCAGGCGCUGGAGAUGGCCUUCUACGUGGCCUCCCGCCUGCGGCAGCGGCGCGAGCGCAUCCAGCAGGAGAAGGAGAGCAAGGGCAAGUCAGUGAUGCUGUACUGAGCUGAGCGGGCACAGCCCAGUGUGUGCCGUACCUACCGAGCGCGUUCCGUACCGAGCGACGCGGCACGCCGCCGACUCGGCGCAGCGCGCGGCGGCGCGGGAUGCGCUGCUGCCCGCCCGCCGGCUGCGCCUCGGCGCCGCCGCCCACCCCGCCCCCCUCCGGGUCCACCCGCUGGCGGGGUCCUUCUGCUUUUGACGCCCUGUCUGUCACUACCCCUUGCUCUGGGAGUGCCCCUGCUGCCACCCCCUCCUUUUGCCGCCCCUCUUCUUUUCCUCAACCCUAGAUUCUGUUUGUCUGUUCUGCCCGUCCCAUCUACCCCCCUCCUCUGGUAGAAAGACCCUGACCAACCGGUAGCUGCACACUGCGCAUUGCCAAUGGAGUUGGGAUUAAUCCAACCAACCGAUGUGUACCACCAAUUUCGUUUCUUACGAAGCAUAGGGACCCCGCCUCCCCCACUGUGUGUGACACGAGUUCUAGUU